UGCUGCGUCCAGGUUCACAGUUCCGUUGGUGCAAACUGCUUAUUUUCCGCAAUGUGGUCUUCGUGUAUGCGCACUUCACUCCCAGCAGUACUAAGAAGCUCUGUUGCCUCUAGGAGUACAUUUUCGCCAGCGGCUGCAUCGAGAAUACACGUCCGAUUUCUCAAUGGGAACUCGGACGCCUAUCCACGCAAUCCUGGCAGGUCAUUGCGACCACCAGCGUCCUUGCCUGGCGACGAGCGCUGGAAUGAUUUGACCAGUCCUCUUCUCAGCUACCUCAACAAAGCGGAAGACCGUACGCCCAAGUUGACUCCAGAAGAAGCUUGGAGUCAAAGAGUAACAGAAAAUUUACCUGCGCCAGCUGACGCUUACACAGGUCGCCGAGUUCAAGUCAUAGAUGGGGACGUUGGUCGAGCCUAUGACGGGCUGCAGCGCCGGUUGAAACGCAACUCAGUGGCCAAAGAACUAAGGCUCACAGCCAGACACGAAAAGAAGGGUGCAAAGCGACGUCGUCUAAGAAGUGAAAGGUGGAGAAAACAAUUCGCCAACGAAGUACGGAAGAAAGUACAGCUGGUCAGCACCAUACGUCGGAGGGGUACGAGUACUACAUAAGAUUAAUCGGCCUCAUUCUACUCGCGUGUAUCUGUUUGCCAACUAUAUUCGAAUCUCCUCCGACUUGCGCUUGAUCUCCUGCGAGGAGAUGUUCAUUUAUACAUUGGCACAUAAUCGAGUACAUGCCGGGAGCCGUCCUUAGCUUCCGUGAACCAUACAAUUGCCUUAAUAAUACGCGGGGCUGUGUUUUUCAUAU